AUGGAUUUAUGGCCUGUGAAAUACUCCGAGAUUCGACAUGUCACCGAGAAACUCGUUAAACCCUUACAUCAAAAGCCCGAAAACACCCAUGAAGAACAGAAUUUUAAUGGUCCCAGAAUCAUUCGAAUAUCGGUGACUGAUCCUUAUGCAACAGAUUCCUCCAGUGAUGAAGAGGACGAGCUUUUCCGGCAACGGCGAGUCAAGAAGUACGUCAAUGAAAUCAAAAUAGAAACAGCUAGUAAAAGCCAGGCCAACGCCGUAAUUACUAGCAGUACUAGUUGGAAGAAGAGUCUUCAACCCAAGCAGAAGCCGAUGAAGGUGAAGGUGAAGGUGAAGGCGGCGGCUAGUGGUGGCGUCAGGAAGUUCCGGGGUGUUCGGCAGCGGCCAUGGGGCAAAUGGGCGGCGGAAAUCAGAGAUCCGUCCCAAAAAGUCAGGCUUUGGUUGGGCACCUAUGAUACGGCGGAGGAAGCUGCAAUGGUAUAUGAUAACGCCGCCAUUAAACUCCGUGGACCGGAUGCUUUGACUAAUUUCAGCCAUCCUCCGGCAAAGGAGAAGCCGGAAAUUAAUGUAACGUCAGUUUCUGGUUACGAGUCCGGAUAUGAGACGCGUAAUCUUUGUUCUCCGACUUCUGUUCUCCAGUCCGGAAGUAGUCAACAGUCAUUUGAAAACCGGUCCGUUCAAGACAUGUGCAUACUGGCUGAACCUUGUUCAUCGGCUGAUGGACCGGUCUCUGAAACCGGGUCGGGUAAUGACCCGGUUCAGGAAGUUGAAGAGUGCAAAGGGGACUCUAGUGGGGUGCCAAAUUAUUCAAAUGACUAUUUACCAAUGGAUAUUCCAUUCUUAGAAGAUUUCUUCAAUUUCAAAUCUCAAGAACCGACAUUAUUUGAUGAAUAUCCACCAGCAUUUGCGAAUGAUUCCGAUGAAUUUGAGAUGUCAUUUGAUGACUUUCCAGCUCUGGAUCAGAGCACUCUAAUGGAAAAUUUCGGAGAAUUUAAUGACUCGUUUGAAGAUCUUGCCCGUCUAGGACAAGAAGUUGAUAACUAUUUUCUUGAUGAAAUGAUCUCAAUAUGA